CCCCCUAGUUUGCCGGUGUGUUUUCGCAAUUUUGCCAAAAAAAACUCGAGAGACGGCAGACACCGCCGAGCCUAGCGGCGGCGGCCAUGGAUCCCCUCGCCGUGCUCCGGGACUACGCUGCCCGCAACGACCUGGACAAAAUCAUCUUCUCCGGAGACGACAUCCUCUUCGGCUCCGACUACUCCUUCCCGGCAUUCACACCCACCGCCUUCACCUCCAAGCAGUCGGGCCGCCCCUACCCGCUCUCCGCCGCCGUUUUCCUCGCGCAGCACCACGACCUCAAGCACACCGACUUCAUCCAGGCCGCGCGCCUCCGACGCAUCCCGCCCGUCUCCCUCCCUGACCGCAAGACCUUCCUCGACUUCCUCCGCUUCGGCCACAACUCCCUCCCCUCCGCCGACCCGCUCCUCCCCUCCUCCUUCCCGCCGCCGCAGGAGGCAAGCCAACACCUCCCGCCCUCGCCGCCACCCGAGGACCCUGCAGGCGCCGACGAGGUGACCACGGGGGCCCAAAUCCGCGCCCUCGAGCGACCCUUCAAGGACCGCAACGCGCUCCUCGACGCCCGGGGCCGCGACUUCCACGCCGUUCUCCAGAACGCCUUGCGCCGGCAGGAAGAGCAGCGCAAGGGCGGCAAGGACGCCGCGCCGGCCUCUCGCCACGAGCCCUCCGCGGCCGCCGUCACCCUGGCCAAGCCCAAGGUGGAGAAGUCCCUCGGCGAGGGCGUCGUGCCCAUCAUCCUCGUGCCCAGCGCCUCGCAGACGCUGAUUACGAUCUACAACGUCAGGGAGUUCCUCGAGGACGGGGUGUUCGUGCCCAGCGAGGAGAGGAUGCGGGCGAUGAAGGGAGGGAAGCCGGAGAGCGUCACGGUGCAGAAGAAGCUGAUUCGUGGGGAGAGGGCGGGCGCGGCGGGAGGCUCGGUGUCCUUCGAGGUAAGGGACAAGCCGGCUUCACUCAAGAUCGAUGAUUGGGGGCGGGUGAUGGCCGUGUUUGUGCUCGGCAAGGAGUGGCAGUUCAAGGACUGGCCCUUCAAGGACCAUGUAGAGAUCUUUAACAGAGUUAUUGGUUUCUAUGUGCGCUUCGAAGAUGAUAGCGUGGAGGCAGCCAAGGUAGUCAAACAGUGGAAUGUGAAAAUAGUAUCUAUAAGCAAAAAUAAAAGGCAUCAAGACAGAACAGCUGCCCUUGAGGUAUGGGAGCGCUUGGAGGAAUUUAUGCGCGCGCGCACAUAAUUGAAGUACCCUGUGUACCAUAACUGCAUGAUCAUUCCAGCUAUUAAAGAUCCAGAUGUUACUUUGAGCUGGAGGCAGACUUUAUGCUUGUUGAAUUACUGAUAGGCAGAAUGCUGGUGAUAGUAGACGGCAGAACGGUAUGGCUGGAAGCUACACCCAUGAAGAUUGCAACUUUUGUAUACUAGGAUAUUAGGCUACCAUGUGCUCUGUUUAUUUCUAACAUUGUCCUGCAGACUACUAACCUCUUAUUUUCUUGGCAAGUGCCAUAUGAGAUAUGCUUGCAAGUAUCACCUGUCAUUCUCAAAGCAAGUACUCCUGUCAUGCUUCUAUCGUACAGAGUUGCUGGAGAGAAUGUUAUUGUGCUCCUGUCAUGUUCUAUGCAAGUGUACGAGAUAUUUGCAUUCAAUGUUUUUUAAUUAAAAAUAUCUUCGAAAUGUA